CCUCAGAAAGAUGUGAAAAAAGAAGUAAAGAAAGAGGAUAAAGAUAAAAAGGAAGAGAAGGAGGCCAAAAAAGAGAUUAAAAGGCCCGCCAAAGAUUCAAAGAAAUCAGCAGCAUCUUCGUCAGAUGCUAAAAAGUCUACCGUUAAGGCAAAGGCUCAAAAGAAAGAUGACUCCAUCAAUAAAGAAUCAGCAGCUCCAGGCAAGUCAAAGGAAAAAAAACAAAGGUGAUUAAGAAAGUGGGUGAGAAGAAGCCCUUGGCAGCUGCAGGAGCAGUUGUUGCCACUGCAGCUAUUGCCGCAACAGCUUCUGUUGCUGCUACAGCUAUAGCAACUGGAAAUAUAGGUAAUAUGGUGACAGAAAGAUCUCUCAUGUCAUCUCCUGAAGAUUUAACGAAAGACUUUGAAGAGCUUCAUAAUGAAGAAGGCAUCAUAAAUGAAGAACUGAAAUCCCACCUUCAGGCUCUGUCACCCACAGAUGAAGCUGUCAUAGUACAGACUGAAUCUUACACCAUCAAGAAUGAAAAUACUAGCAGUGAACAACCCGCAGAUUCACCAGAUGAAGGAAUAACUACAAUGGAAGGUGAAUGUGAGCAGACUCCAGAAGAACUUGAAAUAAUAGAGAAACACAGGACGAGUGAAAUCGACAAGUUUGAAGAUGAAGGAACUGGUUUGGAGGAAUCAUCAGAAGCUGGUGAUUAUGAAGAAAAGGCCGAAACAGAAGAAGUUGAAGAACAAAUGGAAGAUAUUGAAGAAAGAGCUUCACUGGUAGAACAUCAUACUGGUGAGUUUGGAGAAACUGAUGAAACUGAGGAAGAGGUUGAAACAGAUGUAGUUAAGCAUUUGAAGAGUAAACAUGAAGACAUUAUUGAUUCUGAGACAGCAGAAGAAACAAGCCGAAGAAGAUAUUGAUGAAAGUGCUGAAAAGGUUGAAGCUGAUGUAACAGAAGAAGAGGUGGAGGAAGAUAAAACAGAUGAUGCAAAGGAUGAUGAAGAAACAGAAAAGCUGGAAACAGACCAUUAUCUAACAGCUAUAAAAGACAAGUCAGAAAUAGUUAGUGACACCGAAGAUAAGUACAUUCUGUCUUCAACACCAUCCAAGACUUCUGAGCCCCAAUCCCCAGCUGUUGAACCCGGUGCUUCAAUUCAUGAUGAAACUUUACCUGGUGGCUCUGAAAGUGAAGCAACUGCAUCUGAUGAAGAAAAUCGAGAAGAUCAGCCAGAGGAAUUUACUGCCACCUCUGGAUUUACUCAUUCAACCAUUGAAAUAUCUAGUGAACCAACACCAAUGGAUGACAUGUCAACACCCAGAGAUGUAAUGAGUGAUGAGACAAACAAUGAAGAAAGUGAGUCUCCAUCUCAGGAAUAUGUCAAUAUAACUAAAUAUGAGGCCAGCUUGUACUCCCAGGAGUAUGACAGAACUAGAGUGUCUCCACUGCCUGAAGGUUUGAAUGGGUUAUCUGAUGUGUCCAAAACAGAUGCUACAGAUGGCAAAGAAUACAGUGCUUCAGCUUCUACUAUCUCACCUCCAUCCUCUUUGGAAGAAGACAAAUAUUCCAAGUCGGCACUGAGGGAUGCAUAUAUGUCCCAUGGACAUAUUGACAUGAAAGGUUCCAAAAAUCUUGAAAUUCAGGAUGAUUAUGAGCUGGAAGAAAAAUUAAGUCCAAGUAAAAGUCCUGCUCCACCUUCACCAAUAUCUAAAACACCUUUAAGUGAAAGAAGUGUCAAUUUUGAUCUUACUCCUAAUGAAAUAAAAACAUCAGAUCUUGGUAUCCUACCACCUUUACAUGACCAUGAACAAGAUAUCACUGAACAGUGUCCUUCCCCAGAUGAUAAAACUCUUGAAGUAGCUUCUCCUUCUCAAUCUGCUGCUGGAAGUGCUGGGCACACGCCUUACUAUCAGUCACCAACUGAUGAAAAAGCUUCAAAGCUACCACCAGAAACAUUGGAAAGGACAUCUGUUCCUGUUGUCUUUGAAUUUUCUGAUACCAAAGAUAAAAGUCCCAAAAUAAGUCCUAUGGAUGAGCCAGUGCCAGAUUCAGAAUCCCCAAUAGAGAAAGUAUUAUCUCCAUUGCGCAGCCCACCAUUGAUAGGAUCAGAGAUAACGUAUGACAGAUUUUUAACUACUAAUACUAAAUCAUCAUCUGGUCACGGUAGCACUGUUGAUGAGCAUUCCUCUUCUCAGAUUAGUCCUGUAUCUGAAAUGCUGUCUGAUGCAAUUUCUCAGGAACAUGGUGAAAAGAGUGAACUUUUCUCUAGUAAAUUAUUUGGUGUAGAGACAAAUACUUAUAAUAGCAAGCAUGCAGCAUCCAAUGUACUGGAUGGUGGUAAGCUUGCAGGGGACGUUUCUCCUACUCAAAUAAACACCAAUCCAUUUAUCUCAUUUAAGGAGGACACAAAAAUGUCAAUUUCUGAGGGCACUGCAUCUGAUAAGUCUGCCACACCUGUAGAUGAAGUUGUGGCAGAAGAUACAUAUUCCCACAUUGAAGGUGUUGCCUCAGUCUCAACAGCCUCUGUUGCUACUAGUUCAUUCCCAGAACCAACCACUGAUGAUGUAUCUCCUUCACUUCAUGCUGAAGUUGGAUCACCUCAUUCCACUGAAGUAGAUGACUCCCUAUCAGUUUCAGUUGUUCAGACUCCCACCACAUUUCAAGAGACUGAAAUAUCACCAUCUCGAGAGGAAUGUCCCCGCCCAAUGUCAAUAUCUCCCCCAGAUUUCUCACCUAGAACAGGAAAGUCCUCAGCAUCACUGCAAGAGCAGCGCUCACCAGAACAGUCAACUAUGGAAUUCAGUCAGGAAUCACCAGAACAAUCAUUUGCUAUGGAUUUUAGCAGACAAUCACCAGAGCAUCCUGCAGUUGCCUCCAGCAUGCUUCACAUAUCAGAAAAUGGACCAACUGAAGUUGAGUAUAGCCCCUCUGACCAUCAUGACACUUACUUUGGCAAUAAGAUUUCAAUGGACAAUGAGUUUUAUGUUGUAGACAAAAGUCAACAACCAGCUGCUGAAGCUCAUGUGCAGGGUUCUGCUUCAACUUCCUCUGCACACUCACAAGCUUCUUCUCCUUUAAAAGAAGAUGAUUCUUUAAAAGAUGUGGUUCAGAAUUCUGACAUGCCCUUGUAUUCUCCACCAAUACUUGAGCCAGACUUUUUAAGGAUGAUAAGUUCUCCCCUGGAGCAGAUGUUUCUCCAUUAACUCCAACACCAUCCUUACUAAGACAGUCCCCAGGCUCAACAGAUCCUACACAGAAGAUUAAUUUGAGUGAUCACAGUUCAGAAGCCCUAUCAUUAGAAGCUAGGGUUGCUGAACAAGAAAGCUUUCAAAUGAGAGCUUUGAAUUCAGUAGUUAAGGAACCCACAAUUCUCCAUAAUACAAACCCCUUUGCUUAUGCAGCAGAAUUUGAUGGCAGAGACAGUUUAGGUGAUGCUUAUGGCUAUUCCAGUGAAACAAAUGACCGAUUUUCUGCCUCAGAGAAAUCACCUUUUGCUGAGCACCGGCAAGAGGUUGACCUUUGUCUUGUGACUGCAUGUGAAUAUAAGCACCCAAAAACAGAACUGUCACCUUCUUUCAUUAACCCAAAUCCUUUAGAAUGGUUUGCAAGUGAGGAACAAGAACAGGAAAAACCUUUAACUCAACUUGGAGGAGGACAGCCUCCUUCAGGAGGAAAACAGAAAUCCCGCCAAUGUGACGAAACACCCCCAACAUCUGUAAGUGAGUCAGCCCCAUCCCAGACAGAUUCUGAUGUCCCACCUGAAACAGAAGAAUGUCCUUCAAUAACAGCAGAUGCAAACAUAGAUUCUGAAGAUGAAUCUGAGACUAUUCCUACUGAUAAAACUGUAACUUAUAAACACAUGGAUCCUCCUCCUAUUCCAAUGCAAGAUCCAAGCCCAUCUCCAAGGCACCCUGAUGUCUCAAUGAUGGACCCAGAAACUCUUCCUGUAGAGCAGAGCUUAGGCAAACCUAUGAAAAAGGACAUCAAGGAAAAAGGGAAAACAAAGAAAGUCGGAAGCAAAACAAAGUCAUCUUCUCCAGCUAGGAAAAGUGAUAGCAAAUUAAAAGCUGCAGCUGCCUCACCAAAACCAAUCAAGGAAACCAUGGAGAAGAGUGCAAAGACUGCAACUCCCAGAAAGAAAGACUCUGUAGAGAAAGGUCCAAAGGUUACCCCAAACCAAGAUCUCAAGUCAUCAAAAGGAGAAGAAAAAGAUAAAGAGACCAAGAAUGCUACAAAUAUAAAUACUACAAAAUCAUCCAAAACUGGAACUACAGGAGGUGGAUCUGCAAAAUCAUCGAAGGCUGCAGCUGUGCCCCCAGGUCCACCAGUAUACCUAGAUCUGGUCUAUAUACCCAAUCACAGCAGCAGCAAGAAUGUUGAUGUGGAGUUUUUCAAGCGGGUACGAUCCUCAUACUAUGUAGUGAGUGGAAAUGAUGCAGCAGCUGGGGAACCUAGUCGGGAUGUGCUGGAUUCUCUUCUAGAAGGCAAAGCUCAGUGGGGAAGUAAUAUGCAGGUUACGUUAAUUCCCACUCAUGAUUCAGAAGUCAUGCGGGAGUGGUACCAAGAGACACACGAGAAACAGCAGGACCUCAAUAUAAUGGUGCUGGCAAGCAGCAGCACUGUUGUUAUGCAAGACGAAUCCUUCCCAGCAUGCAAGAUUGAACUGUGA